UUGAAACACAGUUACUUCUUAUGUGCUAGUUAACAGUGGAGGUAUGUUGUCACAUAAUUCUCUAGAUAUUCGGUCAGAUUCAGGUUUUCUUGAGGAAGACAAUAAUUUGGAAGACCACUCUGUUAAUUCGCCAGAAAUUAAGAAAAUUUGUACCGUAGAUGAUUUAGCGAGUUUAAUGAGGAAUACGGAUUUACAGCAAUGUGAUAAUGACAUUCGCUUCUUGUCUUGUUCUACCACUGGUUCUCUUGUGUCAUCAGCAUCGGAUGCACAAUCAGAAGAACGGAAGUCAAUUCUAAAAAGUGCCUCGUCAUACAAAAGAAAAAACUGGACGGAAAAAAAUCAUAUCAAUUCGAAUGGAAAUACUAAUAUAUGUGUUGAGAUGGAAAACAAUGAUGUCAAAAGCGGAAGUCCUCAAUCCAGAUAUGUGUCUGGGAAAUUACAAAGAUGUCAGUCUUCUCCAAUAAAAAGAACAGUUAAUAUUAAAUUUCCUGAUGAGGCGCAGACUUCAUGCAGCGAUUCUUAUCAGAAAAAAAUUAAAAUUAUAAGUAACCUUAACUCUUAUUAUGACUCACGACUAGAACGGUCAAAGUCAUUUCUACAUGGACAGAGCAAAGUAUUUGCCAAAGCCAGUCAGUAUUUAACACCGGCAAAACCGGGACUUCGAAAGCUUCAAGUUUGUUAUUCAAAAACAAACAUGGAAUUAAACAAAGGCAAAAUUUUUGGAGAUUUAGUGAAAACAGCACAUAAACAGAAUAUGGUUAUAUGUGAUUCUGUUGACAGCAUAGAAAAGCGACUUUACAGAAAACGUACGGACCCAACAAAGAAAACGUCAUACUUUGCAAAUAUGAAUAAACCUGACCCAUUCAGAGUGAAAUCUAAGAAAGCACAAACUGUUGCAGAGAAGGAAAAGGAACGAAAAAACAGGAUAUUAGAAACAACAGAGGAGAUUAAACUUGGAUUUAAAAGAACGGCAAAAACUGUGAAACUUUUAACACCAGAAGAAGUUGAAAAAUUAAAACGAUGUCGGUAUUUACGACUUGAUCCAGCUAUUCAGCUACAAUUGGAGGAAAACGAUCUAUGUUGACGUAUUUGUUUUCUUACUUGUUCAAAAAUUUUGAUUAAUGUCUUACAUGUUUAAAUGUUGGAUAAAUGCUCCGAGUUGUCAAAUUAUUUUCAAAACAGGUCUUUUAUAAUAUUACUGACGAAAAUAGAUAAUAAUUCGAUUAAAUUAUUCAUUUAAUGUCGAGUUAUGUAUAACAGUAGAAGUUCCAUACUAUUUCAAAAAAUCAAAACCGGGCUGUUUUUUUUAUUGUUUUAUUUUUGCCAGUUUUGAUUUUAUUUUGUUGAUGAAUUGCCACGAAACUAUUUAAACUAACAAACGCAAAUAAUGUUGUUAUACUGAUCUCAUGAAAACAAUUAACAUUAAUUAAUGAGAGGCGAAAGAUACCACAGGGACAUUCCGGCAAAAUGAUAAGUCGAAAAUAAUAUUAACAGACGAU